AUGCUGACAAAUUUAUUUCUGAUCUCAUUUUGCUUGCCACUGAUCGUCAAGGCCAAAUCUGACAAUCGACUACUGGACAUAACAGAUGUUGAUAGCUACGUGGAUAUCUGUCAAGAAUCGGAGCACCGAAAAGAACGCCCGACCCCAGAAUACGGUCUGACUUCGUGCACAGCAUGGAAAGAAAACUCUUGCUGUACUGCGGCCACAGCGACUAUGAUACUUAGUAACAACAUGCAUGGCUUUAACUACCAUGUGUGUGGCAAUUUGAGCAAAGCCUGUCAUGAUUUCUUCAAUGAUGAGCACUGCUUUGUCAAAUGCUCUCCAAACCUCGGCCCAUGGUUGGUUAAGCUUUCUAGUUCAAGAUUCAAAGAGCGUGCCUUCAGAGUGCCUCUAUGUGAAUCAGAUUGCAAGAGUUGGUAUGACGCUUGCAAAGAUGACCUCACCUGUGCUAUGAACUGGCGUUCUGGUGGUUUCGAUUGGGGAUCAGGUAGGUCCUGUCUAAAAUCGAAGACCAGACUCGAUGAAUGUGAAAACGCGUGCCGUAAGGGCUUCCACUGUCUGAAGAUCUCCGAGAUCUACCGUUCCGCGGUGUCGUUUUGCGAGCGCGUGUGGGACCACGCGUACACCGUGGUGCCAGACACACCCGUGGGCAACUGGACCUCGAAAGAACCACACUGCAUGCACAUUCCACGUGAAGGCGCCCCCAACGCCAGCGAACUCGUCGCGCACAAUCAUCGCAUAGCACGCGUCGAGGCAGCGCACAUUCUGAAACGCGUCUUUGGUGGUGGUUAUGGUGGUGGCGGCGGUGGUGGUGUAGGCGGAAGCACCCUAGCCAUGUUCUCGAUGAACCUCAUAACUGCGCUUUUAUACAUUGUACUCGUGUGA